AUGUGCAGGCAUGGGUUCCAGCAUGUUCUAGAUGUGGUGGCUCAGCUGCUGCGAAUCCUGAAGGCCGGGGGCGAGGAGAAAGUGGUAGACAUGGACAACCUGCUCAAGAGAGAGGCUCUGGAUGUCAUUGGAAGGGUGGGUUUUGGGUAUGACAUGGGGGCGACAAAGGCGUUGGAGGGGGGAGAUAAUGCGCAGCAUGCGCUGGAAAUUGCAGACGCGGCCGCUCUGGAGGUUGAGAUGCGCUGGGCGGAGCCCUACAGGCAGUACAAGUGGUGGAGCAAGGGAGUGAGGGAGGGAGUGGCAAACCAGGGGAAGUACCACGCUCUCAUGCGCAACUUGCUGGCGGACGUGAAGGCGCGCGCAGCUGCCGGGGAGCUUCUUGACAGCUCCGUGGCGGGCCAUCUGCUUCGCCUCCGGGAUCCCAAGACGGGGAAGCAGCUACCGGAUGAGCUGCUGCUGCCAGAGAUAGCAACCUUCUUCUUCGCCGGGGAGGACACCACCAGCCACACCGGCGCAUUCACCCUGUACUGCGUGUCACAGCACCCGGAGGUGGAGGCCAAGAUAGUGGAGGAGCUGGGAAACCAGGGGCUUCUGGCCACGGCAGAUGCGCCGCAGCCGCGGCCUCUGCAGUAUGAGGACCUCAGCAGGCUCACCUACCUCAACCUCGUCAUUAAGGAGGCCAUGCGCAUGUAUCCAGUGGCCGGAGGGACCGUGCGUAUGCCCAAGAAGGAUGUGCUGCUCGGCGGCAAAUACCUCAUCCCCAAGGGCACCACCGUCUUCCUGCCACUGCACGCCAUCCACAACUGCCGGGCCAACUAUGAGGAGCCGGACAAGUUCCUGCCGGAGCGCUGGCUGGAGCCUGGGGCAGAAUACGCGCGGCCUAGGGGCGCUGCCGGUGGCGUUCCCUCUGGCCAGGGCGGCGAAGCUGCCUGCACAAAUGGGCACGUGGAGGGCGGCAGAAAAAUGCAUGAUUCAAGUUCUGGGAGCACCGACGGCCGCGCGCGCCGCUUCCUGCCGUUCAUGGAGGGUCCCCGCAGCUGCGCAGGCUUGGCGCUGGCCAACAUGAACCUGACUGCCACGCUCGCGCUCCUGUACGGCCACUUCUCAUUCCGCCUUGCCGACGAGAUGGGGGGUCCGGAGGGUGUGAGAGCGGGGGAGCAUCUGACUGUGACCAUGUCCUGCGAUAAAGGCAUGAAGAUGCACGCUAUCUCACGUUCAGCCUGAUAUACACAGCAGCACCAAGGAGGACUGCACAUUUCUUGAGCGUCAUUUGGAGUCGCCAGAGGCAGCUGCUUGAAGCUACAGCUCGAGGUGCAGAUCAAGACGGGUCAGAGUCGCUAUCAGGAUUGCAGGUGUACACCAUGAUAGAAUAGGGCAAUGCAGGAUCCUGUUGCAUUUCGAAAGAAGAGGCGCGUUUUCUUAGAUCUCUCAGACGCUCAAAUGAGUGUCUUCAUGCUGCCAUGCCUUUGUUGCUGGCCAGCUCUGCAGAUGCUUGAUCAUAUGCAGCACAUGCAGAUUGCAAGCUUAGAACCAGGGCGCCUAGGGGAUGUCAUUAUUACAGGAAGCUCCGUUAGGCUUGAUUGCAAAUACAAUCAUAUUUUUCCGCAGGACUUUGUCUUGCUUCACUUGAUGACCAUCAAGAUGAUGUGAUUGCUGCAACAUCAGAUGCUGGAGCACGAUUGUAUUUGCUUGAUACUUAUAGCUGUCAUAAGCAAACAGAAAAACUCAUGCAGGUUCCCUUGAACAGUGAGCAAUGUACAUAAGUCAGAGCUAGCGUCGAUAUUCAUUCCCCAAUCUUUGUGUCUUGUAUAAUUGUUCAGAGCCUCUGCAGUCCAGUCCUCCCAUCUUGUCACACUUGAUCUCACAGUUAUGUAACGCCAUGCAUUGCUGC